AAGAACAAGAAAAAAAACCAUGGAUUUGAUCUCUCACCAACCAAACAAGAACCCUAAUUCCUCAACACAAUUAACACCACCUUCCUUAAGCCGGUACGAGAACCAGAAACGCCGUGACUGGAACACUUUCUGUCAAUACCUCCGGAACCACCGUCCUCCGCUCUCUCUCCCGUCGUGUAGCGGCGCACACGUGCUCGAGUUCCUCCGCUACCUCGACCAGUUCGGAAAAACAAAGGUUCACCACCAGAACUGUGCCUUCUUCGGCCUCCCUAACCCUCCUGCUCCUUGUCCUUGUCCUCUCCGGCAAGCUUGGGGCUCUCUGGACGCUCUCAUCGGCCGCCUCCGAGCCGCCUACGAGGAGAACGGUGGCCCUCCUGAAGCUAACCCAUUUGGCUCACGCGCCGUCAGGUUAUUCCUCCGUGAAGUCAGAGACUUUCAAGCCAAAGCUCGUGGUGUUAGCUAUGAGAAGAAGAGGAAGAGAGUCAAUAGACAGAAACCGCAAACGCAACCGCCUCUACCGCUUCAGCAACAGCAGCAGCAGCCACAACAAGGUCAGUCUUUGAUGGCUAAUUACUCGGGUGCAACAGUAUGAUCAUAUUUAUAUAAUUUCCCUUUUUUACUAUAUGUAUUGUCUCUUAUUUGCUUUAUCUAAGUUUUUAAUGUAAAAUCUUCUUUUACAUUAUCCACUGAUGCUUUUGUUUCUGUACUAGUUGUUUAUGAAUAAGAUAAACUACGAUUAUUUAC